AGCCUGGCCGUCUCCAGGGAAACUGAAAGCGUCAACAGGAACAGUCCAGACGUUCAGUUAGCAAUAGCUUUAUAUUGACAGUUAUGCUAACGCUAGUUUUUACUGGAUAGUUUUGCACAAUCUUACCCGCUGCCGUUUGGAGGGAGUAAAAUUGUGCUGAUCUGAAUGGAGUGUUUUGGAGUAUCGUCUGUUCAAAACCUACAAGCUCUGUCUGCCUUGUUAUCAACUCAGCAGGAUAAUGAUGAUGAAGACUGUGAAAAUGCGCCUGCCUGUGCACAUCUGGGUCCUGGACACAUUGGCCCUCCAUCCAGAAAAGAUAAAGAAGAGUCAGCUGCCUAUGUGAGGAAGACCAGCAAAGAUAUCUGGAGUGAGGAGGAGGUGGCUGAGGGCUCCCAGUAUAAUGAUCUUGAUGACCCACGGCCCCAGCCUGAGUAUGAAAUAAUCCUGAAGCAGAGUGUGGGGACAGAGGACCUGUUCUUGGGCUUGAACAGAAAGGACCCAUCCUCCAUGUGCUGUGAAGCCAUGCUGGUGAAAAUCAAACUACCAGACACUAAAGCAACAGACGUGGCCCUGGAUGUAAAAGAAAAGUUCCUUGAUCUACGGACGCUAAAGUAUAAACUGGGUCUUCAUCUCCCACAUCCGAUCCACAGCCAUGGGGGGAAGGCUCAGUUCUUCAGUGAGAGGGAGGAACUGGAGGUGACUCUACUGAUGAAACGGCCCAUGGAUUUUGUCAACAUGGCCUAAGACAGAAUGAUAACAGCAAACAAGUAUUGAAAAGUUGGAGCAGAUGUGAACCCAGUGGACAGUUGAGAUGACAUGCACACUGAUUAUUGAUUAAAUAAAGACAUGGUUAGAGGAAUAAUCAGCGCAACCCAUUUGUUGAAUUUAUGGUAUUUUUACAUCUGUCCCAUCUGAUUUUAUUAAAAUGUGGUUUUCUAACAAAUA